UGUGACAUUUCUAGUGCGCAGUGCAUGCUGGUCUAGCACGGUGACCCUGAGCAGCUCCUGGGGUGGUGUUCUCUUGAGUAGAUCUACCGGGGAGACCGGACCAGCGGAGACAUGUGGUAUGAAAUCCUGCCCGGGUUUGCUAUUAUGACCGUAUGCCUUAUGGUCCCCGGAUUAUCCACCAUAUACCUGAACCGCUUAACCAACGGGGGCAAGGACAAGAGGGUUGCCCGUUUGCCCUACCAGUGGUACCUUUUACAAAGAGACAAAAGGGUUUCUGGGGAGCAGCUCUACUAUAAAUCAAAAGGCUUGGAAAAUAUCAAUUAAGAUGAGUUGUAAACCGUGAAUAUCUUUCCCAUAUGUUUGCUUUCAAUAAAAUGUAUGUAAAAGAAACAAUAAAUCCUUCUGGGCCUGUAUUCAUUA